ACCGUUUCGCCCACUCAUCCGGCUGCGUUAUACAAUACAGUCAAUCCAAGAACGAAAUAGAGGCAUUCACCCUCUGUCGUGAAGCACCCAUGGUGCCCAGAUCCAGUCAGUUGACUGUGAUCGUCACGACCUCCCCCACCCCGUCAAACCCCUCUACGGAACUGAUCUCCUCCGUACUGCAGUCUUUCCGUCGCCAUUGCACGGACUUAAUCAGUGCCCGGGUCAUUGUGGUCUUUGACACCUUUGACCGCGUCGGACCUCGCUCCCGCCUGAAAAAGGGGCAAGCCACGCCCGAAGUAGCUGCAAACUACGGCGUCUACAAACAAAAUGUCAAGGAACUGAUGCUACGCGAAUAUGCAUCCCCCGAUGGCUGCUCUGACCACGUGAUGCAAGAAUGGCAGGACCAGGCCGAAUUUGGUCUCAACAACCUCAGCAACGUGGUCGAUCUGUCCAUCACACAGACCGAUGACAAGCAAGUGACGUUCAUCGAGCCCGCAGCGCGUCUGGGGUUCGGUCUGGCCGUGCGCUCCGCCCUGCGGGUCUGUGAGACACCGUACGUCUGGGUCCAGCAACAUGACUGGGCGCUCGUCGCCGAUAUUCCAUUAGCACCGUUACUGGAGAUCAUGGAGUGCUCGGACGCAGAUCAAGUCGCGCCGGUUAAAUACGUGUCGUUUCCCUCGGUGCGCAUGCUCUCGUAUGCGACGCAGCCCUAUGUGGUGGAAUUCCCGGCCUUGCGGGCCUUGACUCAAGAUCUAACGCGGGAUUUCGUCCCGUCAUCACAGCCGGAGGUAUCUGUGCCGUUGACGCCGCUGUAUUUCUGGUUUGAUAAACCGCAUAUUGCCUCGACGGAGCAUUACCUCAUGCGGGUGUUCCCGAAUCGGCUGACGAUGCGGCGGGGUGAGUUUAUUGAGGAUAAGGUUGGCCAGCAGGCGAGACAGCAGAUGAAGGAGGGCCAGUGGCAUAAAUGGGCUUGUUGGCUGUACUAUCCGAAUGAGGGUAAGCAGCUCUGCCUGGGGCAUUUACAGGGUAGGACAUGGAGAGGGGCUGAGGGGGAGUUAUUGACGAAGUAUGGAUAUUCGGAAGUCGAUACCGACUCAGCUUGAGUUUAGAUAUUAAAUCACCUUUUGGCCUCUUCUGAAUUAAUGAAUAUAUGGAUUGUGCAUGGAUUGACGAGGAUGUGUGGAAUACGGGGGAAGUCACUGCACAAUGGGCGUUGUACAGUGCAUGCAACGGGAGCGGCAGUGACUCGUUAUAUUGUGGGCUUGGGGACUCGCUUCUGCCUGAUGAAUUAGGAAGAGAACACCUCUGCUUGGCUGACCACUGCCGUUUUGAAUUCCCCCAAUACGAUAGGUAAAC